AAACCCUUUAAAUUUUGCAACAUAUUUCUUAUUCUUAGCCAUGGAUAAACUCCUGUUCUACUUGCUACUUCUCCUGAUCAUCAUCCAAUUUGCCCCCGGUGCUGUUACCAAGCCGACCCCACUCAACUUCGUCAAAACCUCAUGCAAAACCACCCUCUACCCUGCUCUUUGUGUCAACUCUCUCUCGAGUUAUGCUGGUUCUAUCAAUGGCCAUGAUCAGCAGCUCGCCAAAUCAGCCGUUUUGGUCAGCCUGAACAACGCCAAAUCUUUGACCACAUUCGUGUCCAGACUUGCUAAAACUUCGAAAACUAAUCCAAGGGAGUCCCAGGCCCUGAAAGACUGUAUCAGCAGCAUGGCUAGCUCCGUGGCAAGUCUAACCCAAUCGGUUCAGGAGCUCGGGAAGAUGGCUCAGUUUAAGGGCCAGAAUCUCGUUUGGCAUAUGAACAAUGUUGAAACUUGGGUUAGUUCUGCGCUUACGAACCAAAACAUUUGUGCUGGAGGAUUCUCGGAUCGUUCGAUGAAUGGAAAAGUGAAGGAUGCUGUCUAUAGAAAGAUGAAUUCUGUAACACAAAUCACCAGCAAUGCACUUGCUUUGGUGAAUGGGUUUGCUUCGAGGCAUAAAAAGGUUGCUCAUAAGCCUUAAAGGGUUCAUAAUGUGAAGGAUUACAAGAUUAACACCUGCUAUAGUGUGACCUUUUGUUAGUAUUAUUCUGUGCCAUAAGUUUUUCUAUCCUUUGAGGAUUGGUUUUUGACUGGUAUAUGUUGCUGGUUUUCAUGUAAAAUGUUUAGUUUCCGUGGCUAAAGUUACGCCCUUGUCGGAUUUUGUUAGCUGUAAUGGUUAAUGUUUU